AUCGUGAGUACUUGAACGCGUUGGUCGCAAAAGUUGCCGUGGAAAAUAAAAGUUCGCCUCGUGGAAGCAAACCGCCCUUCUUGCUUGUGCUCCGUUUCGCCAUCGAAGUCCCACCCUGCUUAAGGUUAGCAGUGCGAAAAAGGGGGGGUGGUGCAAACGUGUCGUCUCGCCGCCGUGUCGUUACCGACCUUCGUCCUCGUCGUCGUCGUUGUCGUGGUCGUCAUCAAUUUCGCAGCUUUUACAGACUGUCACUAAGAUAGGAAGGAACAAAGUUGACCAUUUGUAGCCAGUUGGGAACCUCCUGCGAGUGUGGCCUUCGAGAGGGAGGUGUGUUGAAGUCCUUCCGGUGAAGUGCGUCCGUGUGUCACAUCCGGUUGAUUAUUAGUGGAAAUUAGUGCGGCUGCUGGCCCCACCCCCAGUUGGACUACUGCCGCCUUCAGGAAGAACGAGUUGCAGGAUCAUUUGUACGGGUGAAAAGGUGGAAAAGUGUGUGCAGAUUUUCUUCGCUGAUUAAACCACCCACUUUUGCGUUGGCCAGAUAUGAUUUUGGCUUUUCGUAUGUUGCAUAAAAGGAUGCCGUCGUGAUUCGUCGGAGCAAGGAGUCAGCGGUGUGUUUAGUGCUAAGCUGUGAACCAAGGGAGACUCCUUUCGGUGGAAGAUUUUUGUCCUUGCUGUUAGUGCACUAAGAUUACAACAUCUCUCGAGAAGACAACAUGAAGAAAUAGUCAUUUUUUUAUCCCGACAUCAGAAGGAUGUGUGUUGCCCCCGGGGGAUCAAUUUGUGCUCGGUGUUUGCGUGAACGGUUCACUGGUGGGAAUUCCACGUCGAAUCGGCAACAUUUUUGAUGUGUUUAUCAAUGAUGUUCCAAAUCUGGAUCGCUGAAGCAAAGCUCUGAACAAUCACCCAUUGUUUUCCAAUCACUUUCGAAAGGAAAAAAAAAACUAAGUUUUGAAUAAUAGACCGAUGACCACCGGCACCAUUUGAUUCGACCGCAGCACAAAGUGAAUCGAAGAAAAUCCAUUUUCAAAUUAAAAAGUUUACCGUUUCAACCCUAAUAAAAGAAGGCAAAAAGUGUACAAAAGGUUGAUCGUCUUCGUCGCCGUCGUUCGAAGUUUAGUGUGAAAAGCGAAAAAUAGCAACAUCAAGUAAAGUUCAAGCGAAGGCAGAAUACCCUUAAAAGCGGGCAAGAAAAAAGAAGAUAAUCAAAUAUUUAUGAAACGUUGCAAAUUUUGCGCCUUCCGGUGUCACUUCGUCUGGAAAAAAGAAUAGAAAAGUGAAUCUGUGUUGGUUUUUUUUGCGGAGGAAAAAUGUCCCAACCACUCUGUGAGUAAUGCUCGCCGGUAGGCAAUAACGCAUGAGCUUAAAAGUGUAAAAGUGGUCUUUUUUAUCCGGAGAAAAAGUGCACUGUCUAGCUCGGAGAAAAGUUUUUCCUGGUCAUCGCGAGAAUACCACUCGUGAAGCUUCGGAGUGGAGAAGGAAAUUUACAGCGGAAGCUCUUCUCCAGAACCAGCAGAGUGUGACGAGGAGAAGCGCCCAGACAAUUUCAACACCGAGACAACUUGCAAGCGGAAGGCAGCCUAUCAAAAUAUAUGACCGACAGGCAUCAUCCGUGAGACAUUGCGCACCGCACGGCCAUCGGAUCGCUGUAUAGGACCUGCAAGCCGCGACCUAUGAAGAAUAAAUAGUACUUGGCGUUUCCCGGGCAAGUGGAAUGACGCUCGAAGAACUCGCAGAAGCAAACAGCAGUAUCAGCAGCAGUGGCAGUCGCAACAGUAAAAGCGAUAGAAUCAGCGUACAACAGACAGUGCCAUUCAAUUGCGCUGCUCGGGCGAGGGUAAAUAAUCAAGCCAGCAAAGCAAGCAUCAAGUGAAAACCCGGGCUCUUGGGGUGUGGUAAUCCAAACGUGAACCCGUCCAUCGUAGUAGCAUUUUAUAAAUUGAACUCGAUUUUGAACAAGGACAAAGAAAGUUCAUCCGACACGUUCAUUUAGUAGUCCGCUCUUUGGGUUAUCCCGUAAAACUCCCGUAGCUCAUACGUCAAUCGCACGAACCCCCCCCCCCCAUCAGUGUGAGGCAUUUAUAUACCAUAGACAUACAUACAGUACACACGAGAAGCGGUGCAGUCCAGGGAUAGAAAGUCAGAGGACAUCUCUCUUUCUGAAGCAGCUCAACAUGUCCCGUUCUACGGCGUCCAGCCAGAGGAGACAGAGAUCAAGGUCCACCUCUCGCUAUGCAGACCUGGAGAAGCCCAAGAAGAAAAAGACACUCAGUUCCACCAGUCUCGUUUCCAUACCGAACACAAUAAAGUUAAGCAUGUUAAAUAGCGGUUUAAUUUCAUUAGAUAAAGUUAAAUUAUCAGCCAGAGAUGAGAAGAACCCGCUCUCGCAGACGAUGCCGGACAAACCGACGGAGCUGCGGCACUUCGGAAAACUGUGCGAACAGCGGCGGAAGUUCCCCAUCCUGUACAAGCUCGAAUUCCAGACGGCUGUGAAGGUGGAGACCAACACCUGCCGGCACGCGACCCGCAAAGCCAAUGCCCACAAGAACCAAAAUCCCAAAUGCAUUCCAUACGACUACAACCGAGUCGUGCUCGGCAAGUACGAAAACAUCCCAGACACCGACUACAUAAAUGCGUCCUAUGUCGAUAGCUUACUGAAACCCAAUGCAUACAUCGUAACGCAGGGACCAACCGAGGAUACGGUGCUAGACUUUUGGCGGAUGGUGUGGCAGGAGAACUGCAGCGCAAUUGUGAUGCUAACGAAAACUUUCGAUUUUACCAAAGUAAUGUGUGUUCAGUACUGGCCACCCAAUCGGGAAAAGGAGGAAAUCUACGGCGACGUCCACAUCACAGUGCAAUCCGAAGAAGAGCUAGCUAAUUUUCAUAUAAGAACGUUUAGGUUAUUUAAAGUGAACAAAGACAACGUGGUGACGGAAGAGCGCUUCCUGCUGCAGUUCCACUACACCGAAUGGCACUCACACACCUGCCCCUUCUCCAACGCGAUCCUCGAGUUCCGACGGAGGGUCCGCUCCGUCGUGGGGACAAUCAUCAAGGCAAACAGCCAGGUUGGCCCGAUGCUGGUGCAUUGCAACGACGGAGGAGGACGGUCCGGAGUGUACCUGGCAAUCGAUGCCAACAUGGAACUGGCCGAGGAAGAAGACUCGUUCCACGUGUUUGGUUAUCUGAAAAAGUUGCGACAGUCGCGGAAAGGCCUUAUCGAAAAUGUGGACCAAUACAAGUUCGUAUACGACACGCUGGAGGAGUUUGUGAUUUGUGGCAACUCGUGGUUUCCGGUGAAGGAGCUGUCACAGCGGCUCAAGGAGAAAAGCCUUAAGGAUAACGUUACGAAGAUGAACUCCUACCAGAGGGAGUACGCUCAAAUCUGCAAACAGACGCCCCGGUUCACCAUCGGGGACUGCGCCGGUGGACAUCGCGGAGACAACCGGGAGAAGAACCGCGAUGUGCUCUGUGUGCCACCUGACAACUUCCGUCCUUACCUUACCUCGUUUCAGGGAAACUCAUUUACCGACUACAUUAACGCUGUAUUUGUAGAUGGCUACACUAAGCCUAGAGAGUAUAUAGUUACCGAGUGGCCCUUACAGAAAACCUGCGGAGAAUUCUGGUCCCUAGUUUACGAUCACGAGUGCUCCGCAAUCGUCGUCCUAUGUCAACCACCUCCAAAUUCGCAACAAUAUCCUUCCUGUUGGCCCGAGGGUCGUCACUCGAAGAAGUACGGCCCGGUGUUCACAAUCGACCACAUCUCGCACAAUCACUACGCCAACAUCAAAUCGUGGAUCUUCCGCAUCAAUAAGAAGGUGAUCUCGCUGACGGAACUGAUGGCCGGAGUGAAGGCUCCUCCCAGAACGGUGCAGCUCUUCCAGCUGAUAUGUUGGCCCAUGGGUCACAAGGUGCCUACGUCUACGAACUCGUUAGUGGAGCUGAUGAACAUGGUCGAAAGGUGGAGGCAGAAAACUGACUACGGACCAGUGUGCGUAGUGUCACCGGAUGGCCGCAGCCGAGCCGGAGUGUACUGUGCGGCAAACGCGUGCAUCGAGCAGGUCAUUCAGCACGGCGAGGUGGACGUCUUCCAGGCGGUCAAAACCGUCCGAAGGCACCGUCCUCAGCUAGUGGACAAUAUGACUGAGUAUAAAUACUGCUACGACUUAGUUUUACACUACGUUCUACACUAUUUGAAUAAAGACUUGAAGGAAAAGAAGUGAGAAUGCGAUUUACACGAUGAUCUGUGUUUCCUUUUUUUACAGGAGUUUUUGUUUUUGUUAUUUGAAU